AUGGGUAUUAAUUACUAUUCAAUAUUACAGUUGAAAAGGUAUUGCACCAAAGACGAUGUUUAUAAAGCAUUUGGAAAACUAAUGUAUCAACGGACAAAAAAUAAUCAAAUCCAACCCAGUAUAGUUACGUUGUGCGAAGCGUUCGAGGUACUGUCCGACUCGUUUCGCCGAGCCUUAUACGAUGACUACGGCGAAGAAGGACUUAAAAGAGGUAUACAAUCUGGAAACGCGUCCAUCGACCCAUGGACCUAUCAUGGUAAUGCGUUGACCACAUAUUCGGAGUACUGUGCACUUACAAAUCCAAUAUCUAAUUUAAUCAUUAAAUCAAACGGUUCCGUGUCAAUAUCGCUCAAGGAAAAUAGAGUUUCACCCGACGUCGUACAUUUACGUCUUAAAUUAACAUUGAACGAAGUUUUUAGCGGAUCGACGAAACUAAUCGAGGUGAACAGAAAAUCAAUGCGGAUUGACGACUCGACAUCGGAAGAAAUGCUUGUUAAAGUCAACGUACCACGUGGGUUGCCUGCAGGAGCAACAAUACAGUCUAUGGUAUCAAAAGUCAAUAACGGACUCGAAAUCAAAACAUUAUACGUUUUUACAACGGAGGACAUACCUCACAAAGUUUUCAAAAGAGACAUAACAAAUUUAAUCAUGGUUAAAACAGUUUCGUUAAAACAAGCGUUUUUUGGUACUAAAGUGAACAUCAACACGUUGGACCAUAAAGUCUUAAGAGUGAAUAUCACACAAGUUAUCACCGAUGAUUAUGUGAAAAUAAUUCAUAACGAAGGGAUGCCAGAUGUAAACGAUCCAACUGUACGUGGUGAUAUAAUUAUAAAGUUCGAUAUAGUUUAUCCAAUUUAUUCGCCAUUUGCUGAUCAAACAAUAUGUGAAAUUUAUAAUUCAUAUAUCGAAUUGCUAAUUGAUUGUGUGAUUGCGAUAACGUUGAUUAAGGAACCAGUCAAAGUAGUGACACAAAUUUCGUUGAACCACGGAAACCCUCCAAGAAUAUCCCACAAUGUACUAACUGUCAAAGAUUUUCCCAUACCAAAAAGUUUAGCCAUUUGCCAUCAAGGUGUGUCAAAUGUGCUGGUGAUCAUCAUUACAGUUAAUGUCAGAAAUCAACAAAAGUCCCCCAAAAUGCGUUAA